AUGGGCUCGCGCUCGCCCGCCCCGCGCCCGCUCCCUCACGCGCGCCUCCGUCUGAUUCCCCCCUCCCGCCCCACGCGCGCGCGCUGCUCACACGCGCGCCCCCGCCCGGCGCCCGCUCGCGAGCGCGAGCGCGCGCGGCUUCAGCGCACCAGCCCGGGCGGCCAGCCUUACUGGCUCAGCGAUUGCCCAAACCUUAGACUUCGGAGAGAGGAGGGAGGCGGGGACUCGGCGGCCGGGGACGGGCGGGAGCGGGGAGGCUGGCGGGGGCUCGGCGGUAGCCGGCGGCCCGCUCUCGCGCCCCCUCACCAACUCUGGCCGGACGCCGGCGGGCGCGCGCUAGCACACUCCCCUCUGCGCUCCGGCCCCGCGAGCGGACUCGAUGGCGGCCGCGCGCGGACUCAGUCCCCGGCGCCGGCCGGCCAAGGGCUCGUAGCGCGCGCGGCCGAGCAAACUUUUGGGCGCGGGCGAGCGCAGGGCCUCCAGGGAGAGCUGGCGCCAGGGCAGCACGGGGCAGACACUCUCCCCCCAAAAGGCCUGCCCCCGCACCCCGGGAACAGGCUCAACAGGAUGCCAUGCGGGGGAGCCUGGAAGCCUUCCGGGAAGAGCACAGCCCUGGCACCAGUCCCGCGGGAAGGAGCGGUGGAGGCACAGCCCCGCUCCCAGCCUGGGCGUCCCCCUCACCCUCCUCUGCCCUCCCUCCUUGGGCUGGGCGUGGAGCCCGAGGCAGCCGUCAGCCUGGAGGGGCUUUUCAGAGAGCCCAACCCACCAGAGUGGGAGAGCAAGGAGGCCCUGUUUCUGGCGUUCCAGUUCCUGAUGAGAACUCAGUACUCCAGCACACACACCCGGGAAGAUUGGCUGACACCCCCUAGGAGCCGGAGGCACCAGCUGCACGCCUGGGACAUCCCCAUCACCCGCUGCAAGACCGUGUCGCCAGCCCCCCCUUCUGCUCUCUCCUGUCACUCCCCCUGGAGAGCGGACAAUGCACGGGAGCCAGAGCAGGAGCCCGGGGCCUUCUCCAGAAACCUGAGGCCCGGGGGUGGCGGGGACCGAGCUGCCUGGGGAGACAGUGCCCAGGAAGAGUCUCAGAGCUCCAGUGAGGUGAAAGCCAGAAAGCCGAAGUUUGGGAAGUGGGAAAGCGGCUGGGCGUCAGCGGAGGCAGUGCGAAUCGCCGGAGAUGGCGCGGGACGCGACGCCCGCCCGGGACGCACAGCCUCGCCGCCACCAGGGCGCAAACCCGGAGCUUUGCGCUCGGGCGCCGAAUGGCCCAGCGCCCCCUCUGGGCACGUGGAGCGCAGCCCGGGCGCAGCCCCCGGGGACCAACUACCCCCCUCACCACGCCCGGCGCAGCUGCUCCUGCUCAGCCCGGACAGCUCCCUUUAG